AUGAUUUUGUAUAAAAGUGCAUGCUGCGCAUCAAACAGCAGUGUAGUUCGCAUUUGUCCAUCGGCAGAGCAUCGUCUGGUGAAGUGCCUCCCAAAAACCAAUAUCAAAGAAGCAGCUGGUGUCCACGAAAACGCUCGGUUAAUUUGCAUUCGAAGCGCAUAGAGCUCAUCCCCCGGAGAAGCAGCAGCAGCAACCAUGCGAGUGCUUUUCGGUGUCAUCGGCGUGGUGGCCAUCGUCGCCGCGUCUCUGGUCCGCGAUGUUGGAGCGGCGAAGCGCGAGGCGCCGCUGAAUAAUGGCUACCUGCCCCCCACUUCCCAGCAGCGUCCGUCCUCCAAGUAUGGGGCCCCGCCGCCCAGCUCCUAUCUGCCACCCGCCUCCGGACCAGCGCCCUCGUUCAACUCCGGUCCGUCCAGCAGCUAUUCGGCGCCCUCGCAGAGCGCCUCCUCGGGUGGACCGUAUCCUGCACCGGCUCCGCGUCCUUCCAGCUCCUACGGUCCACCGGCUUCGCGCCCCUCGUCUAGCUAUGGGCCGCCACCCAGCCGCCCGAGCCAAUCGUAUGGACCACCGCAACAGGCCAAGAAGCAACACCACCAUCGUCGCCCGUCCUCCAGCUACGGAGCCCCAAGGCCAGCCCCGCCUUCGCAGAGCUAUGGUGCUCCGCCUUCAUCCAGCUAUGGACCCCCGAAGUCUGCGCCUCCGUCUCAGAGUUACGGAUCCCCAGCUCCUUCGUCUAAAUACGGACCACCCAAGUCGGCGCCUUCUUCCAGCUACGGAGCCCCUAGGCCCGCACCACCCUCAUCAUCUUACGGAGCUCCUUCUGCUCCUUCCUCAUCUUAUGGAGCUCCUUCUGCUCCUUCCUCUUCGUAUGGUGCUCCUGCUCCACCCUCCAAGUCAUACGGAGCUCCUGCCGCCCCAUCCACAUCGUACGGAGCACCAGCAGCUCCUUCAAAGGCCUAUGGAGCACCGCCUGCACCGCCAUCGUCGUCCUAUGGUGCUCCCUCUACCUCAUCUUCCUCCUUUGGAGCACCUGCUGCCCCGUCUUCAUCCUACGGGGCUCCUUCUGCCCCCUCUUCCUCCUAUGGAGCACCCGCACCACCAUCCAAGUCAUAUGGAGCUCCUGCGCCGCCAUCCUCAUCCUACGGACCACCAAAGUCGGCACCUGCACCACCACCAUCCCCCAGCUAUGGAGCACCCCCUCAGGCACCUGUCAGCUCCUAUCUGCCACCCGCACCGCGACCAUCGAAGCCAUCGUCCAACUAUGGAGCGCCCAGUGUGAGCAACUUUGUUCCCUUGGCCUCGGCGCCAUCGACCAAUUAUGGAGCUCCUUCAAAGACCCAGAGUCUGAGCAGCAGUGGCUAUACCUCGGGACCAUCCUCGUAUGAUGCACCCGCGGCACCGCCCUCAUCUUCGUACGGAGCACCCUCGUCCUCAUUCCAGCCAAUCUCCCCACCUUCGUCCAGCUACGGAGCUCCCAGCGGCGGUUCUGGUUCAAGCAGCUUUUCUGCAGCUCCUUCGUCCUUGUACGGUGCACCGAGCAAGGGUUCUGGUGGAUCCCAUGGCGGAUCCUUCCACUCGGCUCCCUCCAGCUCGUACUCGGCUCCCAGUGCCAGUGCCAACAGUGGUGGAUCGUAUCCCUCGGCACCUUCGUCCUCGUACUCCGCUCCCAGCCCAAACUCAAAUAGUGGAGGAUCUUAUCCAUCGGCGCCUUCGUCUUCCUACUCGGCACCUAGCUCUGGAUCGAACAGUGGCGGACCUUAUCCGGCUGCUCCCUCCUCUUCGUACUCUGCUCCCAGUGCGGAUGCCAACAGCGGAGGCUCCUAUCCUGCAGCUCCAUCCUCUUCCUACUCGGCACCUGGUUCGGGAUCGAACAGCGGUGGACCGUACCCAGCAGCGCCUCAGUCUUCGUACUCGGCACCCAGCCCUGGAGCUAAUAGUGGAGGACCUUAUCCGUCGGCUCCCUCUUCCUCGUACUCGGCUCCUGGAGCUGGAUCCAGCUCUGGUGGACCCUAUCCCGCUGCUCCAUCAUCAUCAUACUCCGCUCCCAGUUCCAGUUCGAACAGUGGAGGACCUUACCCAUCGGCUCCUUCCUCUUCGUACUCGGCUCCUAGCCCGAACUCAAACAGCGGAGGAUCUUAUCCGUCAGCUCCCUCUUCUUCAUACUCCGCACCCAGUCCCAACUCGAACAGCGGCGGACCAUACCCAGCGGCACCAUCUAACUCAUACUCUGCCCCUAUCUCGCCACCAUCAUCCUCAUACGGAGCACCUGCCUCAGGACCAUCGCAAUCCUUCAGUGCCCCCUCCUCUUCCUACGGAGCUCCAUCAACUGGAUCUGGAUCCGGAUCCUUCUCAUCCAGCCAUCACUCAUCGAGCUCAUCCUUCGCCUCAUCGUCGGCCUCGAGUAGCGCCGGCAGCUAUCCCUCUGCUCCUUCCAGCUCCUAUGGAGCUCCUGCUGCCGGUCCCGCUCUGAACUUCCCCAGCGGCCCAUCGUCCAGCUACAGUGCCCCACCCACUGGUGGAUCCUCUAGCUCUGGCCCAUAUCCCAGCGCCCCAGCCCAGGACUCCGGCUACGAGUACAACGGACCCAGUCAGGUGCCCGAGACCAUCCAGCAGAGCUACAGCGCCGAUGGUGGCUACACCUACCGCAAGAAGUAA